CCUAUACUGUUUUAAGCCCACCACCCAUUUAUUAAAUUUCAUUUUAUUGACAGACAUUUCUGAUAGAUUGAUUAGCAGUACGACUGAGUACUAACGCCGGAGAAAAGAGAUGGCGAGAUCGUGCUCUAUCUGGACGCCUGUUUUGAUCUCACUUUCUCCGAUGACCGGAGAAUCACCUAAAAUUUCCCGACGCCGGAUGAUUUUUGCCACCAGCGUAGGUUCUCAUCAGCCUAUACUUGAAGCAAACAUUAAGGAACCCAAGAAGCUUCAAGUCCUUGAUGCCAAAGAUAUUUCAAGAAGAAACACCAUGUUGUAUCUCACGGCUGGAUUUCUUGGAGGGAUCAACAUUCUCAAUGGUGAAGCCGCAGAAGCUCGAGUAGGGAGAAAGGAGAACAGAAGAAAAGCAAUGGAGAAGCUGAGGGCGAAAGCAAAAGAGUCAGAGCCCAACAAGUCAGGAAACCAAAAGAUAGAUAAAGAGUUAGAGAAAGAAGAAGUAUUUCCUCUACUUCCUCCUCCUCUUGUGGUGGAAGCAAACAUGCUGCAAUAACCUCUCCCUCGCUCUCUCUCUUUUGUUUACUCUUAGAGACACAAUGUGUGAGAAUCAAAAGCUUUUCAUUCCAACAUCCCAAUUGAGUAAAUGACACUACAUGCUGUUCUGUGCUA